UGUUAAACAAAACAAACUUUAUUUUUUGACAAAAGUAGAAAAUGCAUUUGACCUGUAGCCUAAUUAUUUUAGUUGAGGAAAAGAAAUAUUAACGAUGACAGCAUACUAAGGACAUACCCGUUAACAUUUGCAGGCAUCAAAUAGACAAUAACACCUUAAAUGAACUCUAUAAUAAAAAAAAUAUUUAUUUGUGUUCAAAAUGUUAUUAAACAAACACAUCGUUUUGAUUAAAAUAGUCUAAUGGUUUGAAGGCACUUGUACUUCUUUGUUUCUGUUCUAGUUUCUCUCAAAAUCCUGUUGUACAUAAUACCCUCUUUUCCUCAAUUUGAUUGUUAUUAAUACAUUUGUAUACAAAUUUUAUAUGUAUACAGUAAAGAACUCUUAUGAUGAACUGAACGCAACAAUUGCAGUUAAUUUGUUUGUUGUACACAUUUGCGUACGUUUGUUAUUAUUGCAUAGGAGAUAAAACAGGACUUUACGAUUAGUUCGUUCUAUGCAGUAGUUUGUUCUAAGCAUGUUCGCUCUCACCAAGAUUGGCGAUGGGGACGGGUUUCUAAUCUUCCAGUAACUACAUCGAUACUUGGCGUGUACCGGUAGUUAGAGUCAUGAAGCUCCACAGUCGCUACCGAUAUCUCUUGAGGAGUGUACACAUGUGGCACAGACACACUGGACGACGGAAUGUGUGCACGCUGUCUCCACUUGCUGCAGUUUUCAACAGCAAACCGGAAAAAAAGUUGAAUAUAAGUCUGAGAAAAGACAAUGUGGGUCUGUUUUGUUUUCCUGAACUGAAGGACUACACUGGUUUCCAUCUGUUGACCCAAUCUGUCGGUGGACAGGUGGACAGUCUAGUGGAGGAGGUGUCCAGUCGAAACAGGCGGCGGAAAGUUGUUGAAAUAUUCGACCAGCUCUCGGACUCCCUGUGUCGAGUUGCAGACAUGGCUGAUUUUGUGCGGGUGGCACACCCACAGUUAGAAUUCGCUCAGGCGGCUGAGGAGACUUGUAUCAAGUUGUCAAGCAUGGUUGAGAAGUUAAAUACCAAUGUGGAGAUUCACAAUAGCCUGAAAAACGUACUGGAGAAUGGUGAUGACAUUUUCCCCACCGACGAAGUGGACAAGCGUGUGGCUGAGUUGUUUAUGUUUGAUUUCCAACAGAGCGGGAUCCACCUGGAGGAAAACAAGCGCCAGAUGUUUGUCAAGCUGAAUGAGAGUAUUUUGCUCCUGGGAAGCAGUUUCAUGCAGGGCACGCAGAAACCGGCUGUGGUGGCGAAGAGUUCACUCCCCGACAAUCUCAGACACUGUUUCAGUGUUGAUGGAGACAAUGUCUACAUAUCGGGGCUGUUUUCUGAACACUACAGUCCUGCAGUUCGUGAAGUGGCUUACAAGAUCUUUCUUCAUCCUGACAUCCACCAGUUAGAUCUACUGGACCGACUUCUCUCAGCCAGACACCAGCUGGCUAAUUUAGUGGAGUUCCCAUCAUACGCCCACCGAGCAGUGCGUGGCACGAUCCUAGACACUCCAGAUUCUGUCCGACUGUUUUUGGAUACUCUGUCAGAUAAAAUAAGUGACAGUGCCGCAGAAGAUUUUAGAAAGAUCACCAGAUUGAAACACCAACAUGGUAUUACAGAGGACUUACAGGCGUGGGACGUCGCAUAUUACACUGCAGUUGGCAGACAAGAAAGAUGUAACAUCAGCUCGGAUGAACUUGCUCCAUACUUCUCCCUCGGGUCUUGUAUGGAAGGUCUGAACAAUCUCUUCUCUCAUCUGUAUGACAUCACUUUCCAGAAGGUUGAACUACAGCAUGGAGAGAGCUGGUCUUACGAUGUUUACAAACUGGCGGUUGUUCACAGGACAGAGGGAACGCUGGGAUACAUAUAUUGUGAUUUCUAUGAGAGACCAGGGAAGGCUAAUCAGGACUGCCAGUUCACGAUCCAGUGUGGCCGCCAGCGUGAAGACGGGACGUACCAGCACCCGAUCGUCGUCCUGCAGCUCAAUCUGCCUCAGCCACAGGUCAGCUGUCCUUCCCUCCUCACGCCGGGCAUGAUGGAGAACCUCUUCCACGAGUUCGGGCACGCCAUGCAUUCCAUGUUGGGACGGACCAAAUACCAACAUGUCUCAGGCACAAGAUGUUCCACUGAUUUUGUCGAAGUACCUUCUGUUUUAAUGGAGUUCUUUGCAUCAGAUCCAAGGGUCAUCUCUUCAUUUGCUCAUCACUACAAGACUGGGGAGAAACUUGACGUAGCGACCAUUCACAAUCUCUGCAACUCCAAGAAAAUGUUUGCUGCAUCGGAUCUCCAACAGCAGGUGUUCUACUCAGUGCUGGACCAGGUCUACCAUGGACCUCACCCGAUGGGAAAGUCCAGCACGGACAUCCUCUGUGACUUACAGAAGAUUUACUAUGGAGUCCCUCAAGUGGAAGGCACGGCGAGACAGCUACGAUUCGGCCAUCUUGUUGGUUAUGGAGCCAAGUACUACUCAUAUCUGUUGUCGAGGGCGAUAGCAUCUCGCAUCUGGUACCAGUGCUUCCAACAAGACCCUUUCAACAGGAGCAUGGGGGAGAAAUACAGAAAAGAGAUUUUGGCUCAUGGAGGAGACAGACAUCCAGAAAAGCUGAUUCAAGGAAUGCUGGGAGAGGUGCCGACUGUUGAUUAUCUCGUGGACUCGUUAGUUAUGGAUCUUCAACACACUUCAGCAAGUCUAAGUCAAUCCGAGGAAUAGUUGUGAAAACAUUUUUAAGCUAUUUAUUGUUUACAGUUUACAUUAUAUAUAUAUAUAUAUUUUUGUUGUUGUUGUUGUUGUUGUGAUGUUUGGACCUUUCAAAGUUAACCUUCUGACAACUGCAAGAUAUGUCGCCCGACAUCACGCCAGUCGACAUACUGUACACUGUAUUCAGUGCAUUUCCCAAUUCAUAUUUUCUGCCGUUUUGCACACGACACUCACCAGAAAGACUCUUAUAACAGGAAACGGAAAUCAACCCAGCUUCCUGUGUCUUUAGGCUUUCUUUUUCUUCGGCAACAAUGGCAGCAUGCAUUGGUCAUUAUUAGGGAUCGAUAGCUGAUUAUGACAGCUAAUUUGAUAAUAAAUUUGAUAGUUUUACCAACAUCGAAAAUCACCAAAUAUUGGGAUAUGAAUCGUAGUUCGGUUUUUUGGGGUGUUUUUUUUAAUUCUGGUCAGAAAACCACUGUUAUCAGGAAUAAUAGACAUAAAUACUGGACAGCUGGCCACAAAUGCUGGUAAGUAAAUGUAACUUUUUUGAAUUUUUUUGCCUAAAUUUAGUCGACAUUAACUGAUCAUAUACUUACCGAUUCAAAUAUGAACUUUAUUUUAUGUAUUUAUAAAUUAUUUAAGAGAAUAUAUGUGAGUAAAAAUUAUAAACUUGUACCCACUCAACGUGGUUUUUGUCAAAAAUUAAUCCAGUAGUCUAAAGGUUAACAGGAGAAAAAUGUGAUAGGCCAGAGGUGAAGCUAAAUAUGUAGAAAGCCAGCAUUUACCCGGCAGUAUUUAUUAGUCCCCUACCUGUCCAGUCAGAGGGGACUAUAGGUUUCAUCUCUGUCCUUCUGUCUGUCUGUCUGUCUGUCUGUCUGUCAUUCGUCUGUCCCACAAAUAGUUUUCCGGAUGUGUUUU